CUAUUAACCUUCUUUAAGCUGAACAGAUAGAAAGUCGAAGAAAUUUAUGUGAAUUCAUUAUUCAAUAUUCAACAAUGAAAAUCGAGCAUAGAAAUAUAAGAAGGAUUGUCUCUACAACAUUAUCUCGUAUUGGAUUUCAUGUCGGUUGUUAUCCUCAAAUAUACGUUGCAGUCUCCUUUAUAAUGUCACUCGUUUUAGCAACCGGACUGUUAAAUAUUCCGCUACAGAAGGAUGUACAAUAUCUUUAUGUUCCAUCCAAUGCAAGAAGCUGGAUUGACAGAGCAGCUAUUGAAUCGAUUUUUCCAGCCAACAUGUCACAAUGUGAUUUCACAAGAUUAUUAAGAUCAGAGGCAUUUGCAGGAGUAAUUGUUAAACCUAAAAACGGAACUUCUGUAUUGGAGGAAUCAAUAAUCGAAGAUGUCAUCAAACUUGACGAAAUUAUUCAAAAUGUCAGUAUUCUUUCUUACAAUUCAUUCCGACGUUUCGAAGAUUUGUGUUGUAAGACAGACGGAAAUAUUUGCCACGAAAAUUUUGUUUUAACUUUGAAAGGAAAAACAAAUGAUAUCAAGAAAGCAAAAUACAACAUCAAAUAUCCAUUUGCCAUCUCUCAGGACAGAUUAAUACUGUCUGCUUUUGAAUUCGGAGGAGUGACUUUAAAUGAAAAAAACAUGAUUCGAGAUUCCAGUGCAAUUAGAUUGUUUUAUGGAUUGGACCAUACCACAAAAGAGAAGAAACAAAUGGCACUGAAAUGGGAACAGAUGUGUUUAGAAGCAUUAUCAAACAUUAAAUUCAACAAUAUUAAAAUAUCUAAAAUGUUCAGUCAUUCUAUUAAUAAUGAAAUUAACAGGAUUGGCGAAAGUGCAUUGCCUCUUAUUUUGAUUAUUGCUCCAAUUAUGCUGGUAUUUUCAGCAGUUUCCUGCUUGUCGACUGAUUCACUCAGUAGCAAACCGUGGUUAGGUAUUGCCGGAUGCGCAUCACCAUUCUUAACAACUGCCGCAGCAUUUGGUCUACUGUGUUACUGUAAAAUGGAUUACACAUCAAUUAAUGUAAUAAUCCUCUUAUUGAUUUCAGGUAUUGGUGUGGACGAUGCAUUUAUUUUGAUAGCAGCGUGGAGAAGGACUGACGUGAACGCUUCCGUACCCGACAGAAUGAAAGAAGCUUAUGCGGAAGCUGCAGUGUCUAUCACGAUUACCUCUCUGACAAAUUUUCUUGCCUUUUGCAUGGGAUUUGUCACACCAUACAAAGUGAUUCAUAUAUUCUGCGCGUACGCCGCAUUAGCAAUAGUCUUUGACUAUAUUUAUCAGUUAUUCUUUUUCGGAGGACUCAUGGCACUCGAUGGAUACAGAGAGAAGAAUAAGAUGCAUUCUGUUUUUUGCUGGCCGAUCAAUCGCACUCAUAUAAAACUUGAAAACAGAAUACAAGUGACAUCGAAACAGAAUAACAAAGAAAAUGUUUUCAUGAUAUUCUUCAGUAAUGUUUUAGGCGAAAUGCUUGGAAAAUCAAUUAGUAAGUUUAGCGUAAUCAUCUUGUAUAUAAUUUAUGUAACUGCUGCAGUAUACGGUAUGAAAUUCAUUCGAGAAGGAGAUGAUGUCAGUAAACUCUUUCCUUACUCUUCUUACGUAACUGAAUAUCUAAGACUUGAAAAAACGUAUUUUUCUAAUUAUAGUCAUCAAGUACAAAUUGCCAUUAACCAGACAUUAGACUACUCAAAUGUCACUGUACAAAAUGACAUAGAAAAUCUUGUACAAAGUUUCGAAUCUGCUCCAUUUAUAUCCGAUUCGUCGACCACAGAAAGUUGGCUGAGAGAGUUUCUGGCAUUUACUAAAACUCCGGUAGCAGAGUUUUCGCUUUCUAGUUACAAUCUGAGUGAUUCGAAAGACUUUAUUAGUGCAUUUAAAAAUAUUUUCUUAAAAGUUAAAAUGGCAAACAGGUUUAAAAAUGAUGUUGUCUUCAACGAAGAAGGUGAUAAAAUUACUGCAUCCAGAUUUAUCGUUUCGAGUUUGGAUGAGGAAUCUCGAAUUGACGAAAAAUAUUUCUUUGAAAAUGUAAGAAAAAUUGCCUCUAACAGCAAGUUUCAAAUUAUUGCAUACAAUUUCAGAUUUAUAUUUUAUGAACUAUAUAUAAAUAUUCUGUCAAAUUGUAUAAAAGCUAUUUGUUCUGCUGCCGCGUUAGUCAUUUUAGUUUUUCUUUUAUUCACCCCAAAGGUUUUGUUUCUUUUGUCUGUUGCCAUCACUAUUGUUUCUAUUCAGGCUGGUCUGUUUGGAUACAUGUCUUUAUGGAACGUGACUAUGGAUACUACCACUUUAAUGACGUUAGUUGUAUGUACAGGAUUUUGUGUAGAUUAUACAGUUCAUAUGGCUUACGCAUAUAUCAACUGCGAAAAAAAAACACCGAACGAGAAAAUUAAGAGUUGUUUAUAUGCUGCUGGGUAUCCAGUAACACAAGCUUGUAUAUCCACUUUUUUAGGUAUUUCGGUGUUAUACUUUGGUCCAUCAGAAUCGUUCGUAACGUUUUUUAAAAUUACAACAUUAAUGGUUAUAUUCGCUUCGUUUCAUAGUCUUGUUAUAUUGCCAGUAAUACUCAGUCUUUUAGAUUUCAUUCCUUUAUGUUCAAAAAGUUCUACACAAAAAACUGAAUACACAGGAAAUGAGCAGUGAAAUUGAAUGUUUAAAUUAUAACAAUACUUCAAAUAUUCAAUAAUGUUGAUUAUUUAAAUCUAUGUUUAAAAGACAUAAAAAAUCUUAAUUUGUUUUAAGAAUAUUUGCUAGUUCUGUCUGUCAUAUGUCUUGAAUUACCUCAGAUUGAAAGACACCAAAGUAAAGUUUAUUGUUUAUAUUAAGCGAUUGCAACGAAAUACUAAUGCGAUGCUUUCCGAAAAGUCUUUUUUUAAGGGAAACUGAACUCUAUUUAGACGUUAAAGACGUGGAGAAAACCCAAAAAACUCCACGUGGCCAGCCCAUCGGAACGUGGCGCGAACCACGACAGAACUCGUAGUGUUCAGGGUACGAAGACCGCUUGGCUGGUGGGCUUCAGAGAACAGUUACCUGAUUACGUAUGUUUAUUAAAUCUGAACAAAACCGGUCAGUAUAUUUCUUAUCUAUGUGUGUAAACAAAAACUCUUAUGUUAAAUUCGCCAGCAUUUUCAAUUUGUAUAUUGUGCAAUUUUUCCUGUACGUUAUUCUUUGAAUAAUUCCAGUUUUUUAAAAUUUCUUUAAGGAUUUUUACAUACAGUCGACCCCCCCUAUAACGUACGUUCCUAUAACGGAAAUUCCUAUAACGUAGCGAAAA